AUGGAGCCACAGACUGACGGACACGCGCUGGUUGUAGCCAAUGAGAUGCAGAAGGUGUCCCGGGUGUCCAAGUUCAGAAGUAGACAGGAAUCGCAGACGCGUGAGUUGGUGGAGACUCGAAGCCACAGACGCGAGAGGACUCCACAGCGGGAAGCGAAGAAAAUUGACAUUGACCGGAAGUUUGACCACCGCCAUCACCACCCAGCGCCAGUUGAAGAUAGAAGAGAGGAAGACUUACCCCCGCCAACCACUGAGGGGAGGAACAAGAAGGAAAACAAAGGAAAGAAGGAUGAAACUUUAAUAAAUGAUAAAAAGAAGAAACGGAAGAUUAAAAUUAAGUUCUUUUACGACUCGCGGCCUGAUGAUGAUGAUGGUGGUGACCCGUUGGCGCGCUACGAGGAGUUUAAGGGAACGGAACGCGGUGGUGACGAGGAACAGGACCCAGAUAGCGAAAGGGAGGACCAAGCACAGCACAGGGAGAACCUAAUGCCAAGGGAGAAGGAGCCGUCAAGGCGGAGAAGAAGAAGAGGAGUUUUCUCUCCACGAAGAAGGAAAAAAAAGAGCCACGAGGGACUACUACUACUACUUCUACUACUACUACUAACUACACUACGACGUCCCUGGGUCGACCAAGGGGGAAGGAGAACCGCGGAAGGCCUGGCCAAUCACAGCGCUUCUCCACCCUGCAGCAGCCAAUCAGAAGCCGCCGUGGGGGGUAGUGGUGGUGCUGGUAGCAGAAGAGAGAGUGAGUCGUCUGUCUCUCCACCGCGAGUCACGAAGGCCAAGGCAUUGAAGAAACCUCGUUAUUUUGGAGAUACUGAUAAUGAUGAGACUAUCCCACCACCAGCACCUUCUCCUCUGCCGCUUCCCUCCCACCCUGGAGACUACCACAGCCUCCCAAGCCGCGUGGCCGCCAAGAAUAGUCGCAGUAGUCGCCCUGGUAGACUAUCCCGUGGUCGAAGCCCGGGUAGUCACGCUAGUAGUAGGAAUAGUAGUGAGUCUGAGGUUGAUAGUCACGCCAGCAGGGCUAGUCGUGUGUCUACGGGGUCAAAUAGAUCAGUGUACCUCCAUGCAACAGCAGUAGCAGACAUCCCAGUGAGGCGCGCAGACAGCAGGCAGACAGACAGACAGACAGACAGACAGACAGACAGGCAGAGUGACAGACAGACGGACAGACAGCGGCGCAAGGUCACCCGUUCGUUUUCCCUGCUGGCGCCCUGGAAACCCAAGCACUAUCGAGAGAGAUACGAGGUUGACUACGACCGGAAGACAGCCCUGCCACCACGCCCUCCACGCCGGCCACCCACCACCACCACUACUACUACUACUCCUACUCCUACUACUACUACUACUGCUACUACUGGUGCCAAAACUUCAAAACUAUCGACUUGGUUAAGAAAGAAGAGAAAUAAAGAAGCAAAGGGGAUUUAGAGAGAGAGAGAGAGAGAGAGAGAGAGAGAGAGAGAGAGAGAGAGAGAGAGAGAGAGAGAGAGAGAGAGAGAGAGAGAGAGAGAGAGAGAAU